AAUUCAUCUUUCUUGAAUUUUUCACUUUUUUUGACUUUUUCAAUUUUCUCUUUUCCUCCUUCCUAUCAUAUGUUUCUACUUCGCGAUAGUCUAACAUUGUUAAAUUUGACUAACGGUCCAACGGUUAAGUUUAGAAACGCUGUUCCAUAUACUCGAGCUUGCCCGCCUACUCUGCUCCUUCGAACAAAAUGUGCUGAACAGCUAAGCGAACUAAUCCGCAAGGGAGUUGCUGCCCAACGACACGUCCGCUUGUUUAUGCCAUUUAUGAUUCUUCGUAAGGAGGACCACCUGUUGAAUGAUAUUAAACGAGCAGCCGUCACCUGUAAAUCAUGCGAGAGAGCUUACGCGAUACUUGCGUUUUGUCGGGGUAUAGAUCAUCAUUGA